GGUGAGACGCUGCACUGCAUGGAGCUGCACUAGAUACUACUGCUAUUUGGUGACAUGGAGGAAUACAAGGUGACUCUGGAUGGGCCAGCCCCGUGGGGCUUCCGACUGCAAGGAGGCAAGGAUUUUAACAUGCCCCUGUCCAUCUCUCGGCUCACUCCAGGGGGAAAGUCAGAGCUGGCUGGAGUCAAUGUGGGGGAUUGGCUGCUUCAGAUUGAGGGUGACAGCACGGCAUCAAUGACUCAUAUUGAAGCGCAGAACAAGAUCAGAGCCAGCAGCAACAAACUGGGCCUUGUCCUGAGCAGAUUUGCUGUAGGUGCGAAUCAUCCCAAGGUGGAGCAAGUAGUAAAGGUUGCCACAAAACCCAAAGUGCAGAAUUUGCCCAAGACCUUGAACGGGCUGACCCAAUCAAAUCUGAACGCUUGUUUCUUUGACGAUCAACACUCUCUGAGAAUGGAAACACAUCCGGCCAUUAUCCCCAAUGACUCCAGCAAAAGGAGACUUAUGGAGGAUACUCAGGACUGGAAGCCACGCACAGGCACCACCCAGUCCCGCUCCUUCCGUAUCUUGGCACAACUUACAGGCACAGACUUCAUGCAAGACCCAGAUGAUGAGAACAUGAAAAGGGUGAGGGAAAAGUUCGUCACAGAGCUGCAGAGCCCCCGAUACACCCGCUUGAGAGACUGGCACCACGAGAGAUCAGCCUGCUCCCUGAAUGUGAAGCCUUGAGUGGCAAUGAGGAGAGGGUGCGGGGAAAAGUUGGGAAAUAUGUUUGUGAAAAGUCAGGAGAGCUGUUCCCCACAUGCUUUCUGUUCUACUGAUAAGCCAUUUCACAUAGAUACUCCAGUACUCCAUCUACUUUCUCUGACUAACUUAGGGGUAUGAACAUUGCAGCAUUCCCAGCUGUAUAUCCCAUUAUUCUUUGCUGCCUGGAGAUGCAGUUGCAACCUCAAUUAGGUGGUGGGUGCACAGCUAACUCUGACUCAGGUAUUAGACUACAAUCCAUCACCUCUCCUCCCUACAAUACUCCUCAUGUUAAAGUCUUUUCCGUAGAAUUGUCUUCCCUCCCUUGUGGUAACAUAUGAAAUCUCCUUGGAUCCUUGUGUUCUCUCUCUCCUAUUGUGUAAAUCUGUAGGAUUUAUUAGUGUACUCACCAUGCAAUUGAGAGAUAAGCAAAUAUGAAUGAUUCACUUUGGUGUUGAUUGCAGUGUAUUAAAUCACAUCCCUUUUUACACAAACACAAAUCUUUUGGGGUUUCCUGACUCCCAGAUUUAGGGAUGUAGCCCUCCCACAUGCCACAUUCUCACUAGUCCCCAAUGGUUCAGAGGUCUGUUAUUUUAUAGCAAGUGAUGAACAUGUCUGUAGCAGGUGCAAUUAUGGGGAACAUGCUGUUAUGUGUUUGCAGCAGGUAGAUGCUCAGACUUUUGGAGGAAAGAUGGGAAAAGAGGAUACGUUUCAAUAAACAUGUUUUUUGUUUGUUG